GUUUGGACGUGCAACGGGAGAGGAAACCAGGGGCGUACGGUACGGCCGCCGCCGCCGCGGGACGACGAAACUCCAGACACCCCCUCCCCCACUUCUUCUUCCUUCCAAAUCCAGACACGGGGACGCACUAGUUCGUCGACGUCCUCCUCGCGCGCUGAAGAGGGAUCGAGAUCAACCGGCCGCCCGCCCGACCAUGGCUCCCUCCUCCCGCCCGCUCAUGCGCGGGAUCCGCCCGCCGCGGGUCUUCCCCUCCACCCGCGGCGGCCGCGCCUCCCCCUACGCGCUCGCGCUCGCCGCGCUGCUCCUCGCCUCCGCCUUCCUCCUCGCGCUCAUCGCCUUCGGCGUCUUCUCCCUCCCGGUCUCCGCCCCCAACGCCGCCACCACCGACGCAGGUGGGGACGCCGAUCCCCGCCCCGCACGCACCCGCGCCCGCCGCGACCUCAGCGAGGGUCUAGGAGAGCGAGGAGCACAGUGGACGGAAGUCAUCUCCUGGGAACCCAGAGCGUUCGUGUAUCACAACUUCUUGUCCAAGGAAGAGUGCGAUUACUUGAUUGGAUUGGCCAAGCCUCACAUGGUGAAAUCCACAGUUGUUGAUAGCACUACCGGUAAAAGCAAGGACAGCAGGGUUCGCACAAGUUCAGGCAUGUUUCUUCAAAGAGGACGAGACAAGGUUAUUCGGGCUAUUGAAAAGAGAAUAGCAGACUACACUUUCAUUCCUAUGGAACAUGGAGAAGGACUCCAAGUUCUGCACUAUGAAGUCGGGCAGAAGUAUGAACCUCACUUUGACUAUUUUCUUGAUGAGUACAACACCAAAAAUGGUGGUCAGAGAAUGGCUACUCUUCUUAUGUAUCUAUCUGAUGUUGAAGAAGGGGGUGAGACUAUUUUCCCUGACGCAAACGUGAACAGCAGUUCUUUACCAUGGUAUAAUGAACUUUCAGAGUGUGCCAGAAAAGGCCUUGCUGUCAAACCAAAGAUGGGGGACGCACUUCUUUUUUGGAGCAUGAAACCAGAUGCCACUCUAGAUCCUUUAAGUUUGCAUGGGGGCUGCCCUGUUAUUAAAGGAAACAAAUGGUCAUCAACCAAGUGGAUGCAUGUCCAUGAGUACAAAGCUUGAGCUUUCUGAAGUCAUUAUUACCAAAGAUGGAUCCUAUAUACAUCACUGACUGGGGCACUUUCCAGGAUGGCAGUUACGUAGGCUUUACAGAUCCACUCCCGUGGUAUUCUUUGCAUCUGAGAAUAUGUAGUACAACCGCUAAACUCAGGAAGGGGUUUACAUGUCCAUACCGUGUUUUUGGAGACUGUCCUUGUUGAACCUUUUUAUUUUCUGGCAUACUAUAGAGGAAUUAAUGGUGUAUUAUUUGGGGGGCAUAGAGUAUGGUAUUUGAUUCAGUAUGUUUAUGCUGUAUUAGUACCUGCUAACGUUAGUAGUUUUAAUGUUGUACUCUGUUGAGGCUAGUUGUGUUGCUAUAGAACUCUACUACACAUGAGGGAAAUCACAUGAUUUUGGUGCGACUUUUUUUUUUUUUUCGUGUGUGUCGGUGGCACUGGCCCUGGCUGGCUGUUGUGGUGCAAUCCAGUUGCAGUUCAUGCUGCAGUAUGCGAUUGAGAAUUCGUUUAUCGUGUAACCAUGAAAAAAAGAGAGAAGGAAUCUUUGUGUUGUUCAAGUGAUAAAUCACGGUGGUAAAGAGAGAUUUGGGUGAUCCAAGUGCAAACUUGUU